AUGAAGGAAAUGAUCGGGCUGGCCAUCCAGGAGCUUGGCGACGAGGUGUUCGCCUCGGGUGCCUGGAGGCCUACAGGGAUUCUUCUGAAGAACAAAGUGAUAGCUGAUCCUACCGUGUUUCUAGGGCGCAUGCUAGUUCAACGGCGACUGCACGGCAAGGGGCCGGGAACUCGCGCCACCGGUAACCAAGCUGAUGGAAAGCAGGACGCCGGAAUCAAGGCUCCAGUUGCUCAGAUGAGACCUGCUUCGGAGGGCUGGGUUUGGUUGUCAGCCGAACCCCUUGGGGGCCUCGUUCUGGGGCAGGAGAUUUUCGUGAGCCCCGAAACAGAUGUGCAGGUUGGCGAGAGGACAGCCUUGGUUCUCCGAGGGGGUGUCUGGGUGGAAGCCGAGCUUAUCAAAGUUGAGGACGCCGGCGAUUUCGCAAGCAGGCGGCUGGCCUUGUUUGGAGCAGUGCCGCCGAAGGUUGAGGAGCCGGCGAAGGACCUCAGAUUGAUUGACGAUGGUGGUGAGAGCGCGGCGAAGGACAAGGUCCAGGACAAGGACGAGGAAGUUCGUACUUUAUGGGUGGAUUUCGAUGAACAUGGAGACCGAUUCAAGAGGUGGCGGGACGUAUGCAAGGAGUCCUAUACGCCAGUGUUCAGCAACGUUCCCAUAUCCGGACCUUUGACCGCAUUGCACUUCAUCACACAUGCUGAACGCCAUGGGGCAGACGUUCGGCAGUGGUUUCAGCUAUGGUGUAGGACGAAACAUGUGGAACCCACCGAUCGCAUCUACCAUGAGCUUAUGGUGUUGACCGACGCUAUCCAUUAUGCCGGUACCCAUGACCAGGUCAACAUCCCAGCACUCAUCAGCCUUGAGAUUGUCUGCAGGCGGGUUCAGAGUGUGGUAGAGGCACACACGAACCCUAACAAGCCGAGCUGGGAGCACGCCAAAGUGUUCCAAGGGCAAGGAUCUCCGGAGGACAUUGUGUCCCCAGUCUUCAGGAGCUACGCGAUUAAGAAGAACAAGGAGGAGCUAGAACUCCUACAGGCUCGCUUGAAAGUUCGGGAAUUGCGGGGUGCUCCUUUGGCAACAGCAGAUGACACAGGAGCCGAAGGCAGCGAGAGUCAGCCCUCGAAGACCAAGCCUGUCCCUCGGCCGGGUCACCUUUACACCGUGGGGGACAUCAUGAUGGAGCGGUUCAGCCUGGCGAAGGCUUUCGGCAACUGCAACGAAGUCGUCAAAGCCUUGAAUUGGAUGGCUGGCAAGACUGAUCGAGAUGAGAGCCUUGCCAACGCCAGCCCGAUGCAGGUUCAGGCCUUGUCACGUGUGGAAGGUUUGGUCUUUGAUCAAAAGCCCAGUGGUGAAUUGGCCAGUCCGGAGGAAGCACUACGUUCGCUUCUCCAUGGAGGUUCUCCCUACGAUUGGGUACCCUCCAACGAAACGCUCGCCUCUUACGAUCCUGACUUGCUCUUUAUCCCUAGUGAUGUCAGUGGAUGUCCACCUUUGCGGGAUGUCCUUCCUGAGAGUGAUUGUCGUUAUCUCGAAGAGUUCAACAAGAAGGUCUACAACGACCUUGUACGCCGGCUCGAUGGCAUUCAUUACUUCAUGUACACUACCAAGCCUGCCUGCAAAGUCGGUGUGUUUUUCGUUUGGAAGAGCUCUCGUACCAGAUUGAGGCUGAUAACCGAUGCCAGACUGUCCAACCUCAUGUUCAAGGCACCUGGUGUCAGCCUCAUGAGCAGCGAGAGUUUUGGCCGGAUUGAGGUCGUCUUUGAGAACGGUGUUUUCGCGGACCCGGAUGAAAUUGACAGGCUGGUCACCUACCUUGGGCUUAGCGAUGUUAAGGAUUGCUUCCACCGAAUGAGGGUUCCGUUGUGGCUGGCUCGUUACUUCGCAUGGGAGCCUGUUCCUGCAAACGUGGUUAACCUCGAGAAUUCUUAUGUGGAUGGCAAGUUCGUUGGGCCCUUGGAUCCCGUUUGGCCGUGUGCUGGAAGUUUGUGCCAGGGCUUCUCCUGGUCCCUUUACUUUGCACAGAGGGCCAAUGAGCGGGUGAGCCAUUCGUGCUCGCUAUUGUCUGAGGCCCGACUCCUUCAUGAUCGUGGCCCUCCGCUUAUACUUCGCGCGGGCUGGGAGGGUCGGGAUAUUACUCAGUUUUACGUGUAUGUUGACAACUUGGGGGUCUUUGGACUGGAGAGUGGAUGCAUCGAACAGGCCAUGCGGGAGCUGACCGAAAAGUUCAAUGGUCUGGGACUUGAGCUCCAUGCAAGCAUGCAAGUGAAGUUAAGAGUGGUUCGGUUGAAGCCCUUGGCUGUGCAGUGGAUGGUGUAA